GCGGGGAGUCUUGGGAUCUCGGCAAUCGAGGCUAGCGAGGUUUCUGCUGUGUCGUACUCGCGGUCAGACCCGCGGGUUACGAUUGGUCUCGACAGCGGCGCGGAGAUAACCGUCUGGCCCCCAGAGCUGGUCCCAGAAGUCCCAACCAAGGACUCCCCAGAGUCCCGCCGCGGCGUGAAGUACUACGGCCCUGGGGACACCGUCGCGCCGUCCUUGCCGAACCUCGGGAAGAGGGUGUACGAGUUAGACAUUG